AUGACGACGAUCAGCCCCAGGGAAGAGUGCAUGGUGCUAGUCAUGGGAGUGACAGGAGCUGGAAAGAGUCACUUUGUCAACAAGGAACCUCCCCUCUCCUUGAUUGCAUACAGCGAUGUCGGCGAGGACAUGUCCGUGGCUAUUGUAGACACUCCAGGGUUCGACGAUACGGUUCGGUCUGACGCCGAAGUGCUUCAUGAAAUCACCCGCUUCCUGAGCACCCAACAUCAACUCGGGAUACGGUUGAAGGGAAUCAUCUACCUCCAAUCCAUCAACGAAGUUCGUAUGCGCGGCAGCUCAGUCCGCUACUUCGAAAUGUUUCAGCAAAUCUGUGGCGAGCAGGCAUUCUCAAACGUCAUACUGCUCACCACAAUGUGGGAUCGAGUACCUGAGUCGGAAGGGCGCAAGCGACAGCAACAACUUCGUGAGGAGUUUUGGAAUACGCUGGAGGACCGGGGAUCAACCAUUGCGCCUUUCGACGGUAGCGCGCCCAUGGCCGAAGGGUUUAUAAUGCAGCUGUUGGCUAAAGAGGACGUUGUGUUGCAGGUGCAGAACGAGUUGGAUGAUUCGCGAUGCCUGCUCGGACAGACUUCUGCUGGCCGUCUGGUUCUACCCAACGUCAAGCAUCAGCUUGAAAUCACGGCCAGAGAACUUGACGAACUCGAUAAAGAAAUAUCGAUUGCGAAUUCUGCGGGACGUCAAGAAGAGCGCAUCAGAUACGAGGAGAAAAAGAGGGAUACGCUGAAGAAGAUGAAGAGAGAGAAGAGGGAUCUGGAAGAGCUCAAGACGAAUGUUCACUCUGAGGCAGCUGAGAAGAUUGCAAAGGUCAAGAAGUCCAUGUGGAAAAGCGGCUUCCAGGUUUUGGCGACGGUUGCUGGCUUGUCGAUCUCGAUCUUCGUGAAUCUCCUUCCGUUCCUUGGUGUGUAUUAG